AGUGAUAUAUUUUGGCUAAGUUCCAUUUUCUAAGCAGUGAUCACUGAUUUUGCAUCAGAAGAAGGGAACAGCUCGCUCAAAAAUGGCGUCCAGAGCCACUGGAACACUGAUUUCGGCGUGUUUGCUAUGGGUUUUCUUCCUCUGCGCGAUCAUUACAUUCUUUCAGUUCAUCUUGGUAGACAACGGAACCGACCAGAACAAGAUCACCAACACACCGCAACAUCCUCAUCACGAGGAGGAGGACGAUUUGGAGCGUGUCACCCACAAAGUGUAUUUUGAUGUAGAGAUUGAUGGAAAAUCCGCGGGUCGCAUAGUCAUGGGCCUUUUUGGGAGUACAGUACCGAAAACUGUAGAAAACUUUCGAGCGCUUUGUACAGGAGAGAAAGGGGUGGGAAGAAGCCGGAAACCUCUUCAUUAUAAAGGGAGUGCAUUCCACAGGAUAAUACCAAGCUUUAUGGUCCAGGGGGGUGACUUCACCCUUGGUGAUGGAAGAGGUGGAGAAUCCAUCUAUGGUGAUAAGUUUGCUGAUGAAAACUUCAAGCUGAAGCAUACUGGGCCAGGAUAUCUAUCGAUGGCAAAUUCUGGGCAAGACACAAACGGCUCCCAGUUUUUCAUAACAACAGUAAAAACCAGCUGGCUGGAUGGGCGCCAUGUUGUGUUCGGCAAGGUGCUUUCCGGCAUGGAGGUUUUGUACAAGAUUGAAUCAGAAGGAAGUGAAAGUGGCUUGCCCAAAAGGAAGGUUGUCAUAUUGGACAGUGGAGAAUUAACUUCAUGACUUGGUGUAUAUGAAUAGAGGUUGUUGAUUCUACUAAGUUAGGAUAUGAGUUUAUUGGAGCUUAUCUAUUAGAAAAUUGAUUAAAUAAGCUCCAUAAGUGCUCUUUAGUUUGCAUCUAAACGUGUACUUAGUUAGCUUUGCUCCCUACCAUGAUUCACAAAUUCUCUAUGCAUGCAUAAUGAAUAAAUUUUGAAGACUAAAGGUUCAUAUUUGUGUAAUUAACGGCUGUAUCCGGCUAAAAGUAUGUUUUAGGGAUUGCUAGAGAGGGAAAUCAUUAACAAUAGACAUAAGGGUGGAGAAAGCUACUCUAUGAUCUUUAAGAUGUUUUUUAUUCCGUUAAUGGAUAUAAGAAUAAAUUUGUUUUUCA